AUGGAUCACGGAGAUGAGGAGAUGUUUGUCGAUUGUGCAUCUGAAUCGCCGCAAGCUCCUGUAGCAACCACCCAGUCACAUCGAAAGGAUCGAAAAGCAAAGAAGAUUGCUUCACAAAAUUUGGAAUUGAUGAAUAACUUCUACGAGAGUGAUGGGAUGAGCGAAAACGAUUACAGCUUUGUGGUUCAAGAUGAAAACGAUGCACGUCAUGAGACAAAACGGCUUGCUGAAAGAAAGCGACUGUUGAUUUGUAGGAAGUUGGGCGUCAAGAAGCUGGGAGAUUUGGUUGAAUCCAAAAGCUUAACAAAAAUGGCUAAGGAAUUACCGAUUCCUGACGACCCUUCUGCUGUAAAACAAGAAGUGCUAGAUGGAACGCGGGGAAUACCAACCAAAGAGAAGGUUGGCUAUCGAUGCGUCCCGUAUGAAACUGCAAGCACUGCUGAACUGGCAUGUCUACGGAUCGAUCUUGCAAGCGUUGAUGCCGACUUGAGGUACCUGGAAAACUUUCUUGAAGAAUACCCGAAAAAAAGCAUGAACCAGCUACAAGAAUGCAAAAGUGCUGCUUUUUCCAAAGCACAUCAAAAACUUGCGAUGUCGACGGAGGAAGAUGUGCUAAAGGAAGAGCUAAUGCUGCUACCAAAAGAUUUAUCGAGCAUCUUGAAGAAUGAAACUUUGAAUGCGUGCAAAGAUGAAGAAUUGAAAGAUUUUGGAAUCAUCAAGCCGAUGAUGGAUAAAGCGCCAUCAGCUGUCAUUUCUCCACCAUUCAUGUCACCGAGAUCAGAGUUGACUUCACCAGCUUUCAUGUCGCCCAGGUCGCAGUUUCUAUCUCCUUCACAGUCGGAAAUGUCACGCCAGCAAACUCAUUCGGAACUCCGCUCAGCUUCAAGGAUCACAUCGCCAAAAUCGUCGGAGUUUAUGUCUGCUUCAAGCGAAGCUCACUUGACUCAAGACAAAGAU